GACAUAAAAUUGUGUUCCAACAACCGAGCAAAAGCAGACAGCCGCGACCAGCCACUUCGACCAAAGCGUUCUCUUCCUCAUUCAUCUUAUUGUCUUGUUGGAUAUCUCCGGUAGAUAGUAGCAACAGCUCGCUCCUUCCAGUUUAGAAGCACCAUGGGAAUCUUCAGUUUGAGUGCAAGUGGUCGGCUGGAUCUCACUGCCAUGCUAGUGUUCAGCCUGGGUCUGAUUGGUAUAAUUAGUCUAGUCAAGAAGGCUCAUGCCAACGAGGCCGAUGAAGACGAAGUGGUGGCCAACACUGCCUUUGUCAUUUGGUUGGUGACGACCAUUCUGAGUUGUAUCAUGUGCGAAGGCAUCUAUCUCUUUCGUGCGGGACGUUGUCUUUUCAUAGUAUGGAUGGCACUAGCAAUCUACUUUUUGGCGACAGAAGAGCACUUUGCAGUGGCAGUCGCAUGCGGAGGCAUUGUUACCGGAAUCGUAUUGAUCAAUUUGGGCAUUUACUCGGCAGAAGACGAGGCUAGAGCAGAACCCAAUAAGGACUACGUAUUCAACUAUCAAGAUGGGGCCAUGCAACCGAGAAGAAAUCACCGAUACGAACUGGCCGUAGUAGAGGACAAGGGAGAUGAUCCGCUAGGGACAGAUCCCACCACGGCCACCACGGAAGAAGAGGCAGAGAUUCGGGCGACGGGUGCGGAUAUUAUCUAACCAGCUAGCUAGCUUGCUGGCCUCAAUCUACAACAGAAAGAGCAGGGCCGUAUACAUGGAUUUGGAGAAACGAGGUUCUUUGUAGUGGCCCAUUUGAAAAACCUCCAAUAAACCCACGAGUCCUACUCUGGCAGCCGGAAAACCUACGAGUCAAUCCUUCAUUCAUGUCGCGGUUGAUCUGACAUGAUUUGGUUGAGAACAUCAGCAAAUAUUGCGAUCUCUACUCCUUAUUAGCUUUCAUAAUCACUGUUCAUUACCUUUUAAAAUAAAACCAGGCCUUCGACG